AUGAAAUCCUAUAGGCUUAAAAAAACUAAUGAAAAAAAAGAGGAUGAAAAUGUAAAAGAUAUCAGUGAUAAUAUAUCAAAUUUAAUGAGUUUAAAAAUUAGAAAUGAAAAUAUACACAUAAAAAAUAUUAUAAGAACAAUACAUUAUGUUUAUAUAAAUAAAUAUGAUAGUGAAACAGGUUUUUCUUAUAUUAAAGACAUACUAAAAAACAUUAUUAAAGGUAAUGUGUAUGAUAUUGAAUAUAAAAAGUAUAUAAAUAAAAAUUGUAUAUAUGAAUUAUGUUCUAGAAUACUUUUAAAUAUCAUAAAAACUAAUGUUAAAGAUGAUAAUUUUAAUAAAAUAGUAGAAUUUUUGUUUGAUAUAUUAUAUUAUUGUGAUGUAAUAAUAAGUGAAAAGAAAAAUAUAAAAAGUACCAAUAUAGAUAGUAAUAUUAAUCAAGAAUAUGAGUUAAUCACCAAAUUGUGGAAUAGAUUAUUAGACAAUAUAUUUAUUAAAGAUAGGAAACAAAGAAUUAAUUUAUGUAAAGUUAUAAGAGCUUUAGUUAGAAAAGCAUGUGCACUACAAAUUGAUGUUUCUAACAAAUUAUGUAAAAAACAUGCUAACAUAUUCUUAUCUUUAUUAAAUGACAAAGAUCAUAAUAUUAGAGUUUUAUGUUUAAUCAUAUUAGAACCAUUUCAAGACUUCAAUACUAAGGGAAGUUAUCUGAAAUGUUUUGACGAUUCUCACUACCUUGUAAGGAUAAAUGCAAUAAAAAACAUUUCAAUAAAUAUAGAAGAUAACAAUUAUGAGCAUUUAGUAAUUUUGAAAAACUUUUUAAUUAGAAUAAAUGAUAUAAAUCAUAAUGUAAGAAUAAGUGUAUAUGAAAAAUUAAAAAAUUAUUAUUUUUACAUUCCAUCUGAUAUGAAGUUCGAGUUAUUAUUAUGUGGAUUAAACGAUAAAGAAAAAUCAGUACGUGAAAGUUGUUACAGUAUGAUUAUACAUUGGGUACAAUUAUUUGAUGAUAAAAUAGAAAAUUUAUUGUUACAUUUAAUAAAUAAUGACAUAGAUAAUGAUAUAAUAGUAGAACAAAUAUGUAAGAUUCAUUUAAAUAAUGUAAGAAAAGGUAAUAUAAAAAGUAAUACUAUAGAGGUAGAUGAAGAUAGAGAGGUUUUUGAAAAUAAUAACUCUGAAGAAAAAAAUUUGACUGGUAAUAAUGAUGAUAGCCCAUAUAAUGAAACUUGGUUUAAUUAUUGUAUAAAUAAUUUAUUUUCAUUAAAUGCAGCAGAAUUGUAUAUUCUUCGGGUAUAUGUUCAAAAUUUCUCUGAUGAACAAGAGAAAGAGAAAAUUGAUGCAUUACAAGUAAUUAAUACUAUAUAUUAUUAUCUGAGUUUGAGUAAAUUUAAUGAAAAGCUAUAUUAUAAUAGAAAAAAUUAUAUUAACUGUGUUGAAAAUAAUGAAGGUGAUCAAGCAGAUAACCAAAAUUUGUUUUGUUCUUGCGGAAAGAAUAAAUUGGAUAUAAAAAUAUUGGAAGAAAAUAGAAAAAAAAAAUUUAUUGAAACCUCUAUUUUUGAUGAUACAUAUUGUGACAAAUGCAUUUAUUAUACAACUAAAAAAAAUGAAUCGUAUAGCAAUAACAAUGAUAAAAAUGAAACAGAAGAUAAUAAUAAUGGGGAUUCUAGUAUUCAAGAAAAUGUAUUAAUAAAUGAAGAUAAUAUAAAUGAAAAUUAUAAUUAUAUUUGUAACAUAAAAAAUUUAUUAUUGAUAUGUAAAUAUUUAGAUAUAAUAGAAAUAUAUCAAGUAGAAAAAAUUCUAAAAUGUUGUACAACAAUUUUAUUAACAGGACCGUUAAGAGAAGUUAUUAUAAAAUGCAUGCUAAAUAAUACGGGAGUAAAUUACUACAAAUUGCAAAAGGGACAUAUUACGUGCGCAUAUUGGUUAAGUAAUAGUUAUAUAUAUGCAUGCUUAGAGUUAUUAAGACAAAUGAUUUAUAUAAAAAAUAAAAAUAGUGAUAUAAAUGAAAUAGAAAUUAACUUAACUAAUCAAAUAUUAAGUAUAAUAUCUGAAAUAAAAGAACCAUUUGAUAAUACAGAAAAUGAAAAUCCAUUUUUAAGCAAUAAUAUUAAUUUAAUAGAGGAUGAAAAAAAAUUAAGUAAAAACAUAUCUAAAAAUGAAAAUGUUGAAAAAAAUACAUUAACAUUCAUAUUUAAUAAUAUAUUGAAUGUUGAAAAUGACACUAUCUUUGAUAUAAUAAGAAAAAAAAAUUUAAAUACUUUAUCUAUUGAGCAUUUAUUAAUAUUAUGCAAAAAAAUGCAACAUAAAUUAGAUGUAACUGAAGCGAAAAUUAAAGACUUAACAGAAAUGGGGAAGGAAAAGGAAAAUGAAAAAAAUGAAGCAGAAAGUAAUGCAAUAUCAGAAAAAGAAAAGACGGCAGAGACAAAUGAGAAAAAUGAUAUUAAUGCAUUUCACGAACAGAUUAGGAUGCAUACGCAAAUUUUUUUAAAGCAAAUAACGAUGUUAAGUUUAUUGAGAUUAGAAUUAAAAAGAAGAUGGUUAAGAAUUUUAUUUAUAUUGGAGUGCUUUUUAUGCAAAAGUAAAUCUCACUGUUCUUUUGAUUCGGCCCUUCGUGAAUUUCCGAAUGAGUUAUUAUUGCCUGCUUUAAAUUUUUGUUGUUCUAUUAUGCCAGAUUGGGAUGAUAAAGAAAUAGAAGAUCAGUUUUAUGAUAUUAUUGUUUCUAAAUGCUUAGGAAAUUGGUGCAUGUUUAUAAGUAAUGAUGAAGAAUUAAAGAAGCAAAUAUAUGCAUAUAAAACAGCUAUUGCUGAUACAUGUGAUGUAUUAAAUAACUGUUUAUUAAACAUUGAAAAAAUUCAUUCUAAUAUUUAUCCAAAUAUAUAUAAUAAGGCCAAUAUUGAUAUAAUGAUUCAAACAGACAAAAUAAUAAAUAAAAAUACAACAUGCGAAGAAGAAAAUAAAAAAGCAAAUAUUGAUGAAGAUAUUAGUAAUAAUUAUAUAUUUUAUGAAUAUAAUCCUCCAAAUGAGCAUUUAUUAAAUUAUUUCUCCGUUAAUCAAGAUGCUUGGUAUGAAUAUAAAGAGUUAUUAGAAAAGCUAGAAAUAAAUUCUUUAAGAUGUGAAAUAUAUAUAUGUGUAUUAGGAGAUUUAUUAAUGACUCAUCCGCAUUUAAAUAACGAUGAAUUAAUUAUAGAUGCUGUAGAAAAUUUAUGGAAUUAUUUAAAUGGAGUAGUAAAUACAAGUAAAUAUAUUCAAUCUAUUUGCUUAAGAGUUUAUUGCAAAUUAUUGUUAACGGAAUAUUUAGGAAAUCAUAUUCAUAAGUUAUCUAAUGAAGAGUUAUUUAGUUUAAUGAAAUCAUCGUCUCAUAAAUUAAGAGCAUUAUUUGAAAUGUGCUUUUUAAUGUCUCCAUCUACCUACAACUGUGUUCAAGACUUUAAAAAAAUUAGUACUUUUAAUAUUACGAAUAUUAAUUCACAUGAUAAGAUAUUUUUAUUUUCUAUUUUUUCUAUGUAUCCAUCAAUGAGUGAAACUAAUUUGUUAAUUUUUCAUUAUACUUUUGAAGAAGUGAUUUUAAAAACAUGUGAAGGAGUUUUAAAAUAUAAGCUAAAGACUAUCAAUUUUACAAAUAUUCUCACAUUUAUGAUUUUUACUUUAUUACAUAAAGCCAAUAUCAACUUUUUAGUUGCUAAUUUUGCAAAGUAUAUAAAAUGGAUUCUUCUAAUUAUCAUAGAAAAAGGUAUAGCGUUAACUAAUAGAUCUAACAUAAUAGAAUUGAUAUAUAAAGUAAUUCAAAUAUAUCUCUUUCAUGAUCUCAGUGAUGUUAAUAGUUUAGAAAAAAAGAGAAAUUACGAAAUGAAAGAAGUUAAGAAGAGAGGAAGAAAAAGAAAAAUUAAUCCAUUAGAAGAUAAAAUUGAAAAAAAAGAAACAGAAAAAGAUAUUGAAAGGGAAUUUGAAAAAGAAAUGGAAAAAGAGAUGGAGAAGGAAAUGGAUAAAGAAAAAGAUGAAAAUGAAAAUGAAAAAGAUCAAGAAAAAGAGAAAAAAAAUUAUACUAUAUGCUUUAAGAGUGUCCAAGCUAAUGUAAACACUACUAUUAAAGAUUUAAAAAGUUUUUUUGUGCUAGUUAAUUUUUGUAUGCAUUCUUCUGAUAUCAUUCGAUCAAAAAAUGAAAUAAAGUAUUGUGAAAUUGUUAAAGAACACAUUGAAAAAAAAAUUGAGGAAAUUAAAAAUUAUUUUAUUAAAAAAAAUUUAAUUGUAACUGAAAAUAAUGAAAAUAAAAUAGAAAAUGAAGAAAAUAAAAAUAAUCAUAAUUUAUUAAAUUUAAAACAAAUUGAUUCAUUAACAGAAGAUUCGAUUUAUCAAGAAAUUAUUGAAGAUUAUGCAAAUUAUAUAGGAAAAUUGACUUCAAGAGAUUUUUCUUAUCCAAUAAUACCACGAAGUUUAGAUCAUAUUAAUGAAGAUGAAAUGUCCAAACAAGAAAUAUUGGAUCAAAUUAAUAAUACAUGCAUAUCUGAUGAGAACAAAGAUGAAAAUUCUCAGAAGAUAGUUAAAAAGAGAGGAAGAAAAAAAAAAAAUUCCAAUAUAAAAAAUGAAAUGGUUAAUGAAUAUGUUGAGAAAGAUAAGGAAAUAAAAAUAAUGAAUGAAAAAGAUGAUAAUAAAAAUAGCCAAGACAGUAAGAUCAUUAGUGAAAAUAAUCCCGUUAUAAAUAAUACUGAAAAUCAAAUACAAAAUGAAAAAGGACAGUUAACAUACAAAAAUGGAAAUAAAGAAGAUAUAAAAGAUACAGAAAAAAAAAGCGAAAAUUAUCAUAACAUGAUUAAUGUUAAAAAUAAUAUUAAAAAUAAGUUUACUGAAUUAAAUUUGAGUUCAAGUGAAGAUACACAAAAUAGCGAUGGCAGUUCUAGCUUAAAUGAUUAUGAAAGUAUGAAAAACUGUACUGAUUUAAAUGAUGGUAGUAGUAGUUAUAGUAGUUUUAAUAGCAAUGAUUCGACUGCAAUGGCAUUUAAAAGAUUAAAUAAGUUAAAAAGAACUAGUUAUUCAAGUGUUGUUUCAAAAUUUUAA